GUGACUCAGAAUUCACCUGCACGGCGGGUCCGUACCUUGGGUGGUAGGCGGGGGGACCGAGGAGAAGAGGGAUCGCCUACCUGGGAAGUGCUGCCAGGCUGUGACUUAGGGACGCUUCGCCUGUCCGCUCGCUCCGGUGAUUUUGCGGAGGUCACUGUCUGACCCGACGGAGCUUUGCUUGUUUCACACGCGCCUUUGUGGAAAUACAUGCGAACAGAUGACCACCACACCUCUCCCUGCCCCCCGCUCCCAGCCUUCUCAGGGUGUCCCUCCCCUCGUCCCACCGUGUCCCCCCGUUCUCCCUGCCUCGCCUUCCCUCUGACUCCAAAUCUGCCGGCCGGAGACGGGAUGGAGAUCCAGCGGUCCCCGUUCUUUUCCGCUCCGGGGAAGCAGGACCGCGGAAGGAGAUUUAGCUUCGACCAGGUUUCGGGGCUGUGGGGAGAUGCGCAGCCCAAGAACCGCAGCGUGAGUCUGGAGAAUUUGGACCCCGAAGGCAUAGAGCGAAUGCUGGACGGGCCCUUUGGGGGGCGCAAAGGGCGGGAUCCCCGGAGAGCCCCCAUAACCUACUAUGCCCAGGACUUGGGCUCCCUGCUGUCACUCACAGAGGAGGAGGUGGGCUCUGACUCAGAGCAUUUCUCACUGUUGGAGGAGCAGUCAGCCCAGCUACACGGCUACAGUGCAUCUGCACCCACCCUCUGUGCGACUCUCACCAAAUCCCAGUCGCUGAGCGCCAUCCCACACUCACACCCACAUCACCAUGGAGCCUCUGUUUACUCCCUGCUCGAAGGGUCCACACAAGGUGUGGAUGCUGGCAGCGGGCUGGGAUCUGCGUUCCAGGAGAGCCGGGGGAGGAGGGAGACGCUGGGGGGCAAGCAGGGGGAGCACGAGGUGAAGACAGGCAGCCCACUGGGGCGCACCCUGAGUUUCCUGCGCAAGAUGGCGGGGAACCAUAAGAACAAAGAGAAGGAGAGGAUGAAGGAGCGAGAGAAGGAGGCGAGGGAGAGGGAGGCCAGGUACAGUAACGGGCAUCUCUUCACCUCCCUCACCGUGUCGGGGACGACGCUGUGCUCCGCCUGCAACAAGAGCAUCACUGCCAAGGAGGCUCUCAGCUGCCCCACCUGCAAUGUCACCAUCCACAACCGCUGUCGAGACACUCUACCGAACUGCGCCAAAAUGAAGCAGAGGCAACAGAAACUGGGGCUGGUGAGGAACAGCUCAGCAUUGCCGAAUGUGGCCCUUCGAGCAAAGACCCCCAUGAUGAAGGAGAGGCCUAGCUCAGCCAUCUACCCAUCAGACCUGCGGCAGUCCCUCCUGGGCACCCGCCGUGGCCGCUCCGGCCUCUCCCUCUCCAAGAGCGUCUCGACCAAUAACAUCGCGGGGAACCUGAAUGAUGACUCUCCCCUGGGGCUGCGUAGGAUCCUCUCCCAGUCUACAGACUCUCUGAACUUCCGCAACAGAGCGAUGUCCAUGGAAUCCCUCAACGAUGAGGGGGAACUUUAUUAUGCCUCCAUGCUGGAGGAGGUGGAACGGGAGGGACGCGACUUUGAGGCUGAUUCCUGGAGCCUGGCGGUCGACUCCUCCUACCUGCAGAACCACCGCAAAGACGUCAUCAAGCAGCAGGAUGUCAUCUACGAGCUGAUCCAGACGGAGCUGCACCACGUGCGGACGCUGCGGAUCAUGGACGGGGUGUUUCGGAGGGGCAUGCUGGAGGAGGUGAAUGUGGAGCCCGGGGUGGUACACGGCAUCUUCCCCUGCCUGGACCGGCUGCUGGCCCUACACUCGCGCUUCCUGGCUCAGCUCCUGCUCAGGAAGAACCACAGUCUGGCCCCAGGGAGCAGCAAUAACUUCACCAUCCACCAGCUGGGCGAUGUGCUGCAGGAUCAGUUCUCAGGUCAGAGUGCAGACGAGAUGCGCACGGUCUACGCUGAAUUCUGCAGCCGUCACCCAAAGGCCCUGAAGCUCUACAAGGAGCUGAUGGCAAGAGACAAGAGAUUCCAGUACUUCAUCCGGAGAGUGAGUCGGGGUCCCCUGCUCCGUCGUCAUGGCAUCCAGGAGUGCACCCUGCUGGUCACUCAGCGUAUCACCAAGUACCCCGUCCUGGUCCAGCGCAUCCUGGACAAUACCAAGGGCAGUGAGGAAGAGGUGAGCUCCCUGAGCCAGGCGCUGGUGCUGAUCCGUGAGCUGCUCAGCUCUGUGGACCAGCAGGUGCUGGAGCUCGAGCGCACGCACCGGUUGGAGGAAAUCCGUGCUCGACUUGACCCCCGGGCGGAGACCGAGGUGCGAGGGGGAGGACUGUUCCGGGGAAGCGAGCUGCUGCGAAGGCGGCUCAUCCAUGAGGGCACGUUACUGCUGAAGGGCGGCAGCUCCAGGCUUAAAGGUUGGAGGGCGAUUGAGUAUGUACAGGUGCUGCUGAUGACGGACAUCCUGGUGUUCCUGCAGGAAAAAGAUCAGAAGUUCAUUUUCCCCUGCUUGGACAAACCUGCCGUGCUUUCCCUGGUGAACCUGAUCGUGCGGGACAUCGCCAAUCAGGAGCGCGGCAUGUUCCUCAUCAGCGACUCCUGCCCGCCGGAGAUGUACGAGAUCCACACCGCCUCCAAGGAUGACAGACACACCUGGAUGAGACUGAUCCAGCAGACGGUCAGCAGUUGUCCAUCCAGAGAGGACUUCCCCCUCAUCGAGACGGAGGACAAGGCCUUAAUACGAAGACUACGAGCUGACAUUCAGCAGAAGGACCGGGAGGUGCUGGAGCUACUGCAGGAGAGGGUCACCCUGUUCUCAGACCUGGCCGAGGUGACCGGGAGUCAGGAGGUCACCCUGCCCGCCAACUGCAGGAAUAUCUUCCGGGCCGAAACCCCACAAGCCCCCCUGGGAGAGAAGCUGCUCAUGGAUGCCAUUGUUGAGGUGGACAGACUAAGUGAACUGCUGAUUGGGGCCAACAUCGAUGACACCCUAUGCUGCGAUUCUAUCUAUGAGAGGAACCACACGGGGGCGCCAGUGAGCACAGAUGGAGAGGAGGUAUCAGUCAACGGGAUGCAUGACAUCAACAGCCCAGAUGCUAAGGACAGGAAUGGAAACCAACUUCAAGACAGGCCACUGAAUGAGAUGGUUUGUCAGAGACUGGUGAACCUCAGUGCACAGCUCCAUGCACUACAGGCAGCGGUAAUAAGGCAGGACUCCAUCCUGGAGCUCUGCCUCCGAGAAACCUCAGUACCUACGUCUAAUUCCACCGCACCAGCAACGGUGUCCUCCACCCCCGCCAAGCUGUGCCGUUCCCUGUCACGCGAUGCCGGCCUGGACGCCGGCCCGGCAGGAGCCCUGGGGGAGCUGACACUGCUACAGCGGCAGCACAGUCUCCUGCAAGAGGAGCUGGUGCGGCUGCGGGCAGCCGAGUGCAAGCUGAAGGACAGCGAGAAGGCCCGCGCCCAGCUAGAGAAGCAAGUGAAGGACAUGAGGGCUAGCAAUGUCGCCGCCCCGGUGGACAAUGCGGGGAAUGCGGCUUCUGAACAGGGCAGGGGUGGUGAGGGGGAUUCCAGCACCGUGGCCCCCCUGGCCAGCCAGGAGUCUGAGGACCAACUCGACGGUCUUCAGGAGAGCAGCGAUAUAGACGAAAACUCAGAUGACGAGGAAGACAUCAGAAUUUCCCCCCGGUCUGAAAGUCCUAGAGAUCUUCAGGACAUCCCCGAGGAGAGCGAAUGUGGAGCAGAUCCACGCGAGACUGAUGUGGACCCUGAGAUCUGUCGCAGCUAGCAACAGCCUCACUGGAACAUAGAACCUGGAACCUGGGACAGGAUCUGGUGUUAACCUGGACCCAAACCAACCAAGCUGCACACGCUAUUGGAUCAUUCCCCAUAUGUAUAUAUAUAAAUGCAUCCAGGAACCAAAUACCAUAUUAUGUUCUGGUAUAUAUUUGUUGAAAUAUUGUAUUGCAUAUUAAGUUACACGUUAGAAUGUAAUUUUAUUUUUGACUUAGGUCUCUUCUAGAAUCACCCUUGAAUCAGUUUCCCUUUCUGUCUCUGUUCUUUCUCUGCCUUAGCGUUCCUCUGUCCUCUGGAAGUGGUAAAAUACUAAAGAGGAGGAGGACGGGAGAAGAGUCACAGCAGUGGCUUAAUUCCAGAGUAGAUUCAGGGAACUGGUGAUAUAAUUGAAGUUGUAACAUAAUCGAUGGGAAAAGAAAAAGUCAAAUCUCAUCCAGCAUCCUCAGUGCUCUGCAUGAUCUGGAUGGUUCAGUGACUGAAGGGGGAGGGGGGGGGGGCUGGUGCAUGAGGACAUGUACUGUAUAUUAAUAUGUUAAUAGGCUAUGUGGGUAACACAUAGUCACCCUACCCGCCGGCCCUCCUUGAAGACAGAUACACUUGAAUUCUCCUGGACUUUUAAGAAGCCAAAUUAUUUUCUAAUAAUUUUUGGAGAGACAGCUUGAUUUAACUGAUUUUUUUUAAUUGGGGGAAGGGCUUUGCAAUGUACUGUUCAGAAUUCUGUGAAAUAUUUUUGAGAACAACUUUAAACCAAAACUGUUUGUAUUGCUUGUAUAAGGGUUUAAUGAAGAUGGACGAAGAUAGCACUGAAUGUACUAUCAGAAUGGAAGGAGCGUUCCCUGUGAACUCGUUUACCUGUUUCGUUCAUUUUUAUUAUCAUUAUUUGUCUCUUGCCGUCCGUACUGUUCUCUUUAGUUACAGGCUUGACUUAAAAAUGUAAGUUUAAUUGCACAAGUCGGACUGCAGCCAGUAGCUUUUAGACUGAACUAACGACACAACAGUGAUCUUCAAAUCCGAAGUCUGUCAGUUUCUUUUUCGCUCAAUUCUGAACAGCAGUAGCAUAGAAAAUAGACAGAUUAACAGAAUUUAUAGAAGGUUUUGCUUUAUGAAGAAAACUACCGUAGUGUUUUUUUUCUAUAUCGUAUUAUAUUAUAUAUAAGUACGUAUUUGUGUGUAUAAAUAUAUGCUUUUGUGUUUAAAAAAACGUUGACAUACUUUUAUGUUGUAAUUUUAUUUCAAUUCAUUUUAAUUUUUACUUUAUUUGGCUGGCCUGUGUUUAUAAAUUUGACAUAAAUUA